CAUGCUGGGUGGGGUGCUGGGCCCAGGGGAGGCUUACUCAGCCAUGAGGUUCACCUGAAAGACAGGAGCCCUCAGCUGUUGCCCUCUGGCCUGUCUGACUGGCCAGGAGAAGGCUCCCAAGUCCUGGCCAGCUGCCUGUUUUCUGGUACCUCUGUUUUUACUGAGGUGUCUUCUGUUCUCCGAGCAGCAAUGUCAUUUUCUCUAGGCGGGGACCCAGGGUGGUGGGCAGUCUGAGAUUGGAGUAGGGGCCCAACAAGGGGUAGAGACUGUGGGGGAGGGCAGGAAAGCCUCCAGAAGGAAGGAGCGAGGGGAAGAGAGGCCGCUCAAAGCAAGAGUACAAGGGGCUCUAAGCUGGGACCCAAGUGAAAGAAGGCAAGGGAGGAAACACAAACAAUUUUGUUCUGUGUAGAAGGGAGAGAGAAGGCUCACAGAAGCCACCUCUAGUCUAGGCCUUCUCUGAAAUGAAAGGUUUCAGGCCUCUCGAAGCGUUGGAGCCCGUUGGGGACCCUUGUAGACCCUGUCCUAACCGCUGGCAGCUUCCGAGUUCAUUCUGGCUUCUGGGGUCUCUGUCCAGGGAGGUAGGCUGGGGGUGGUGGGGGGGGUGUGUUUCCUUCCUCCUCUGCCCAUCCCCCCAUCUCCCGCCUCUGUAACUGUCACAGGAAAUGGCCUCACCAAGCCCUUGAGCAUGGUGAGGCGACAGCUGGGGGCACAAGAGGGGGCAUGGAGGUGGUGGGGCCAUCUCCUCUUGGGGGACAGUCCCUAUCUUCCAGAGCCAGGUCACAGCUUCUGAGGAGCGGGGGCGGUGUUAGAGUUGCUAAGCCCGCAGGGACAGAGGUGAGGGGACAGAGUGGCCCCGUGCAGAUGUGGAUGAUAGAGGCUGUCCCGAAGCAGAAAGGGGUUCAUGGGCCUCCGCUCUCCUUGCUGCCCCCUGCGGCUCCCCUGCCCCCACCCCCCCACCUCGGGGCUAUCAGCUGGGUCAGCACCCAUUCGCCAGCCAGGCACUAUAGCACCCAAUGCGACGUUACUCACACCCUCCGUGGAGAUGCCCUCCCGUCUCCCCAGGGUUCACACCACCCCAGGACCACAGGGACCCCUCCUCCCCCCUUUCAGGUACUUACUGAAGCAGCUGUGUCCCCCAGGCUGCCUCUUGCCAGCUGUCUGUCUGUCUGUUGGUUGGUCUUUGAGGGCUGAGGAGGCUUCAGGAAGCCAGCUUCCUCCCUCUGCCCCUCCUUGUUGCCACCCACGCACACCCCAGCUGCACGCUGCCCUCCCGCGCCUGCAGCCACCGCCAGGGGUCGGGUGGCUCUUGCCUGUGCCCCUUUGGGUGUGGGCUGGCUGUGUGCCAGCACUUUUGCCAUGGGUCUAAGGCCCUGCUCCCUGGGGAUAGACCAGGUCCUCUGGGUCUUUGUCACAUUCAGCCUCUGCCUGCUUACUGGGCAGAGCUCAGCUGUCCCACAUGGAACACCUCAUUGUUCCUGUUCAAGCUGGCCCUGUCCACACAGUGAUUUCUACUCCUCUGCUUUGGCCUCAGAGCCCUAGUCCUGGAAGCCCUUGCCCCCUCAAGCCUUGGGAGUUCACGGUCAGGCACAGGUUACGCCUUCUCAGAGCAGAGGUGGGUGCGGACUUGGAGUGGGGUGGGGGAGAAAGGAAGCAGGAAUCUUUGCUCCACAAAGACCCAGGCCAGACCAGAAGGGUCAGCUUCAGGACCUGAGCCACACCCCAGCUCUCAGCUGCCUCUGGUUUGAGAUGGACCAGCCGGCCCGGAAGUAGAUGGCAGAGGCUGCUUGAAGAAGAGUCUGGGGGGCUUUCUCCCUGUGCGCAAGCCCUCCAGGCCUCGUCCCCAAAUCCUAACAUCUAUUGAGAAGACUUACAGAUAGUGGACAGUCUCUGGCCCUCACACGGGGGGACUCCCACGUCUUCUUCGCCUCUGGGGCAUCUGGAUGCCUGGGGCCUAGGAAGUGGCCCCCACGUCCAAGAUUCCACUGCCCACCCCCCACCCCCCACCCCCCACCCCCCGCCUUGCCUCGGCAGGCCCCUUUCUGGCCAGCAGCCCAGCUGGUUCAUGCUCGCUGCGGCUUCUUCUCCCUUGUAACAUUCCAAACACCCUUCCUUUCCCAGCCCCAACACGCGCAAUCCUCGUCCUCUCUCUUCCUCCCACUACUGAUUCAGCUGUCAAACGGUGACAGCAGAAAAGGAAUGAUUUACAAUAGACACAGGGGGUGGGCACAAUGGAGGGGCGGUGGGGAGGGUGCUGGCCUGCUGCUGGCCUAAGGGGGAGGAGGGUUGGGAUAACCCUCUGGAGCUCUGGAGGCCUCCCAGCGCCUGUCUUUUCUCCUGGAAGUGGGGACCAGGAACUGGCUCUCUUCGGAGACCCUCCAGGGCCCGCUGGUCCUGGACCCUUCUUUACUCUGGGGAGUGGUUUCCCCGAAAGGAGGCUGAUCAGAGCUGGAGUAAUAGUUGGCUGUGGUACCCAGAACAGGGUGUGGUGUGCUGGGGGGAGCGCAGGAGAGCCUGGGAAUCCCUGGUCAACCUGUGGAAAGCGACCCGAGGCUGGCCUCUGCUCCAGCUGUUCCCCUAAGCCCACCGGGAUCUCCACUAAUGGGCAGUGGGGCCCUGGGGAUCAAAGAAGGGGGCAGGAGGGGAUUAGAAAGAAGGCCACCCCCACUGGGCCAAGCUGUCGAUUGUUAUCAGGAACAGGAAGCUAGGAUACCACAGGGGUGGGGAGGAGGAAGCAGGCAGAGCCUUCCCCCCACUGGUCCGCCGGUGCCUCCAGGUUCCCACCAGGUCUCCGGGGUCUGAGCCCCAUUGGCCUCAGGCACACCCCCUACCCUCCCAAGGCUCACCCGGCAGCAGUUUGAGGAGCCGGAAGCUGAGCUCUUGGGUGAAGAGCAAGGAGGCUGGGGGCCAGGAGAUGGGAGGGGUGGUUGGUGGUGGGGGUGGGGGUAACGGCAUUAGGCAAGACCCUGAGGAUCUCUCAGUUCCCUUUGGGUGUGUUUGGGGGUGAGGGAAUAGUCACUCUUUGCCUCCUGCCUCACCCCUCUCACCGUCUGCUUAGAAAUGCCUGGAUACGCAUGGAGGUGUGGGGCUAGAGCCCAGGAGGGGUGAGGGCACCACCCAUAAGCCUCAGAUGGUCCCAGAUACCCUACAGCGCCUCCUCCCCAGACUGGCCAGGCUGCUGGAAUGGGGAAAGGCCUGGAGUUCUCUGGGAGUGACUCUACCCCCAGAACCUUCCCCGUCCCUGGGUGGAGCGGCCCCAGACAGCUCUGAAACCUUCAUCACUCCAGCCGCUGAUUUGCCUUCCAGAGUUGGGAUUUAGCUUCCAGCCACCCUUGACUCCAAAAAAAAAAGUAUAGCAAUAGUUGAAAACCAGAAAGACCCGUGUGCAAUCUUAACCGUGGCCCAUUAGCUGUGUGACCUUGGGUGCAUUACGGAACCUCCCUGAGGCUCAGUCUCCACAUGAGGGUCCUCCCUGCCCAGGGGGAUGGGCCUAGCACCUCUCUGAUCUGUCCAGUGGUGCCGGGCUGUGAGCUGGAGAGGCUGGCCAGGGCAGGGGGCCAGGGGAGUGGUGUCUGGUGGGGGGGUCCGUGUUUCCUCUCCCACAGACCCCGGCUUUGUCCAGCCAGCCUGCAGGGACAGAGCUGCCCGGGCACACCGCCCUCCUCUUGCCAUAAUCCCCCAGUCCCAGCGCUGCCAGCCACGACUGGCUGCUUUCAGGGUCAGAAGCCCCUUGCAGGGGCAGCCGUAUCUGGAAUUCUCAGAAGUUCUGGUUUCUUGGAGGCACCUAGGGAGCAGGCCAGGCCGCUGCCAGCCCCAGAGGCAAAGGCUGCCACCCUGUAAAAUUCCAAAUUCCAGAAGGGAGGCUCUUGGGUAUGGGGUCUGAUGCUGGGGGCCAGGACUCCUGGGUCCUGCACUCUCCACAGGUCUUGCUCCCCCCUCCCUAGACCUCUUCAUUCUUCUCUGGAGAAGCCCUAGGAUCAUAUGUCCUCCCCCACCCCCAAAUCCUGGGCCAGCCUAGGCCUGCUUCUACCACGGUGUUACAGGUGCCUGCUUGCCUCUGGCUGAGUGGGGGAGGCAGAGAGGCUGGGAACUGGGAGGCCUUAUCCAGGAGAAGCCAGGGAGACGCUGGAGGAGACCCUUGGUGGGUGGGACAGAGAAUUGCCGUUAGGAAGUGUGGCCGUGUCUGGGCCAGCUGGUGUGAAAUCUGAAGAAAGAAGGAGACUCAUUGGGAAUGCCCUGGGGCCCUGCCUCUGUCCUGGCCAUCCCGGAAGCCCAUCCCCCGCCCGACCCAGUUUCCCCGACACCUUUUGGGUACCUGCCGGUGAAAGGGACUUUCCCAUACCCCCUGCCCCCGGGGCUGAAGGACCACCUCAGCAUCUGGGGAGCCAGGGCCAGCCUGCCUGGAGAUCCAGGAAAGAGCCCCAUUCUUUUCCAGGUUGCAGGAAGUCGGGUCCCUGGCUUUAGGACAGAAGAGAGUCUCUCCCUUUCUCCCAAGCCUGGAACUGGUGAAAUGGACAUCUAUUUUACAACACGGGCCUUUCUUCCUGGGGCCCUCCCCUCCCCCUCCCCCUCUAUGAUGUCCCUGGAUGCCCCCAUGUACACAUCCAUCCAGAUAAAUAUGUACACCCUCGCGGGUCAUGCACGUGCGCGCGCACGCAGUGUGUCCAUCCACACACGUGCCCGGGCUGCCCACACACACACACACACACACAUCUCACCAGUCUGCUGCCUCCAGCCCUUUGCUGCCUUCCCACAGCCUGGCCAGAGGGAUCUAGGCCUACCCUCUCCCUGGUGACCUUCCCCGAGGUGUGGGAGGAAGAGUGGGAGACUUGGCUGUCCGGAUCCACCCUGCCCCUCUCCUGCCUGGUGAUUAUCUUCCCCCGGGUGUGGGGGGUGCCCAAGGCCUGGCUUCAGGCCCUGGGAGAGGAGGGGGAGGGCCGGAAAGGAGCUGUGUGGGACAGCUGCAGGAAGAGACCAGGCUGGCUCACAUUUGGGAAUCAGGAUGCCUGGACCUGUCCCUGCCCUCCUCUGCCUCCUGGCUGGCUUUCUCCAGAAGGAAUCGAUUCUGAAUUAGGAUGUUUCCACCUCACUUCUCCCCUUUGCUGCUGCUGAUUGAGACUCUGCGAGAAAGAGCAAAGAAAGAGGUGCCCCAGACAUCGGGAUGAGGCCCUCAAUCCUGUUUGCUGUCUUCCUCUGGCUCCGGGGUUUCUUGGUCCAGGGACAUGAGUGUCACACUCUGGCAAGGAGCCCAGAUGGAGAGAGUGGAGGACCACCUCUGAAAGUGAACGUCAGCAGCCAGGGGCGGCCUACUAGCCUCUUCCUGAGCUGGGGAGCCCCAGGGCCAGACAAGUUCAGCCAUGCCCUCCGCCUCACCCACCUGAGUCCCCUAGGCUCUCCAGGAGGGCCGCAGCUCCAGGCCCACACCAACGCAUCCAGCUUUGAGUUCCGGGACCUGGUGCCAGGAAGUCGCUACCUGCUGGAAGUGACUGCCCUGGGACCCUGUGGGCAGAAUACCACCAUCAUCCUCACUGCCCGCACUGCUCCAUCACCUGUCUGCAACCUGCAACUCCGUAGCCCUGGGAGCCCGUCCAGCCUCGAGGCCUCGUGGGGCGCUGCCCCCGGGGGACAGGAUGGCUACCGACUUCUCCUCUACCACCUAGAAUCCCAGACACUGGCGCGUAACAUCUCCCUGCCGCCGGGCAGCCUGGCCUGCAAUUUUAGCAACCUCCUACCAGGUAGCGAGUAUGUUCUGGAGGUUACCACCUGGGCUGGCAACCUCCAGGCGAACACCAGCGCCCACCAGUGGACAGCCCCCGUGUCUCCCCACCAGCUGGUGCUGCACGCUCUGGGCACCCGUGCCCUGCGAGCCUCCUGGAACAGCUCUGAGGGGGCAGCCUGGUUCCACCUCAUGCUCACAAACCUCUUGGGCGGCACCAGCCUGACUGCGGUAGUCAGACGGGGAGCCUCCAAUCACACCUUCCUUCACCUCUCUCCGGGCACCCGCUACGAGCUGACGCUCAGUGCUGUUGCCGGGCCCCAACAGGCAGCGGGGCCCAAUGUCACCGAGUGGACCUAUCCUUCUGCACCCUUGGACCUGGUGGUCAUUCCCCUGCCCUCGGAGCUCUGGGCAAGCUGGAAGGCAGGGUCUGGUGCCCGGGAUGGCUACCUGCUCAGGCUAAGUGGGCAGGUGGAGAAGACCAUCACACUGGGUCCCGGAGCCCUCAACGCCACAUUCCCAGGGCCCCUGCCCGCUGGACCCUACACUCUGGAGCUGAGGGUCCUGGCCGGGCCCUAUGAUGCCUGGGCCCGGGCCAGUGCCUGGCUGAAUGAUUCUGCUGCCCAGCCCAGACAAAGCAAUGGGACCACGCUGCAGCUGGAUGGGUUGGGGGCCACCAGGGAGCCCAGGAGGCAGGCACUGCUCUACACUGAGGGAACCCCAAGCCUCCUCGGAAACAUCUCUGUGCCACCUGCUUCCACGCAGGUCGCUUUGCGUGAGCUGGGGCCUGGGGCCAACUACCAGGUGGACAUUGUCUCGUCUCUGGGAAACACUACCCAGAGCCCCACAGGCCAUACAAAGCUCCUGGCACCACAGUCACUGGAUGUCACCGGCAGGGGCAGCCCCUCUGACCUGACCAUUGGUUGGGCCCCAGCACCAGGGUGGCAAGAAGGCUACAGGGUCACCUGGCAUCCGGAGGGCAGCCAGAGGUCACCAGACAGUCUUAUUGACUUGGGACCAGACAAUUCCAGCCUGACUCUGAGGGGUCUAGUGCCCGGCUCCUGCUACACUGUGUCAGUGUGGACCUGGGCAGGGGACCUCAGCUCCCCCAUCCAAAGGACCCGUGCCUGCACCCUCCCUGCUCCUCCUGCCAACUUGAGCUUGGGCCUUGCCACCCAGCCUCCUGCCCUGACCGCCUCCUGGAGUCCCCCGCCUGGGGGCAGGGAUGGCUUCCAGCUGCGGCUUUACCGCCUGAGGCCCCUGACUCUGGAAAGCAAGGAGGCUCUGACUCCCGAGACUCAGAACUUCUCCUGGACCCAGCUGCCCCCAGGCACCUCAUUCCUGGUUCAGCUGGCCACCUUGAGGGGCCCAGAUGAGAGCAGCAGCACCAAUGCCACCGGCUGGAUGCCCCCCCUCGCCCCUCCUCUGGUGAACGUGACCACUGAAGGUCCCACCCAGCUCCGGGCAUCCUGGGUGCAUGCUCCCGGGGCGCGAGACGGCUAUCAGGUGACUCUGUACCAGGCGGGUGCCCAGGCAAGCGCCAGCACCGUGGGAGCCGAGGUGAACAGCACAAGCUUCUCAGCUCUGACCCCAGGCACUCAGUACGAGGUGGAGAUCAUGUCGCAGGCUGGGCCUCUCGGCACCGCAGCGGCCAAUGUCUCUGGUUGGACCUCCCCGCUCGUGCCCAAUGAGCUGUUGGUGUCGAUGCAGGCGGGCAGUGCCGUAAUCAACCUGGCCUGGGCCGGUGGCCCCCUGGGGCAGGGGGUGUGCCAUGCCCAACUCUCAGAGGCUGGCCACCUCUCCUGGGAGCAGCCCCUGGCGCUCGGCCAAGCCCUCCUCGUUCUAAGGGACCUCACACCUGGGCGCCAUCUGUCCCUGUCAGUGCUGUGCCAGGCGGGGCCACUCCAGGCGUCCACUCACCCCGUCGUGCUGCCUGUUGAGCCUGGCCCCGUGGAGGAUGUGCAGUGCCAGCCCGAGGCCACUCGCCUGGCCCUGCACUGGAUGAUGCCCUCGGGGGAUGUGGACACCUGUCUGGUGGUGGCAGAACAUCUGGCUGCGGGAGGGCAUGCUCACAUCGUCUUCCAGGCUAACACCUCCGGGGAUGCCCUCCUGUUGCCCGGCCUGCUGCCCGCUGCUUCCUAUCGCAUCAGUCUCACCGUGCUGGGCCGGAAUGGUCUGUGGAGCCGUGUGGUCACCCUGCUGUGCGCCACUUCUGCAGAGGGCUGGCGCCCCCCGGACUUAGCUGCAGCCCCCCAGCUGGAGCCUGAGGCGGGGAUGGGAGUGAUGAUCACACGGGGUAUGUUUGGCCAGGACGAUGGGCAGAUCCAGUGGUAUGGCAUCGUUGCCACCACCAACAUGUCACUGGUGCGGCCUCCCCAGGAAGCCAUCAACCACACGUGGUAUGACCACUACUAUGGAGGACAGGACUCCUACCUGGCCAUCCUGCUCCCCAACCCCUUCUACCCAGGGCCCUGGGCUGUGCCGAGAUCCUGGAUGGUGCCUAUGGGUACAGAGGACUGUGGCCAGACCCAGGAGAUCUGUAACGGGCAACUCAAGCCAGGUUCCCAGUAUCGGUUCAGUGUCGUGGCCUUUACCAGAUACAGCCCUCCUGAGACCGUUAUCUCCUUCUCAGCCUUCUCAGAGCCCAGGGCCAGUGUCUCCAGGGUAGCCAUGUCCCUCCCAGCGGCAGUGGGCAUCAUGAUGGGCUGUGUCCUCACAAUCUGUGCCCUGCUGGGCCUGCUGUACUGGAGGAGGGUGAAGGGACAGAGGGCAGAGAAGAGUCGGUUUUCCCAAGAGCUGACAGCUUACAACCUGCGGCAGACCCAUCGGCCAAUCCCUAUCCAAAGCUUCCGGCAGAGUUUUGAGGCCAAGAGUGCGCACGCUCACCAGGCUUUCUUUCAGGAGUUCGAGGAGCUGAAGGAGGUGGGCAAGGAGCAGCCCAGGCUGGAGGCGGAGCACCCCGCCAAUGCCACCAAGAACCGUUACCCGCACGUGCUACCCUAUGAUCACUCCCGGGUCAGGCUGACCCAGCUGGAGGGAGAGCCCCACUCCGACUACAUCAAUGCCAACUUCAUCCCGGGCUACAGCCACCCGCAGGAAUUUAUUGCCACCCAGGGCCCUCUCAAGAAAACUCUGGAGGACUUCUGGCGGCUUGUGUGGGAGCAGCAGGUCCGCAUCAUUGUCAUGCUGACCGUGGGCAUGGAGAAUGGGAGGGUGCUGUGUGAGCAUUACUGGCCAGCAGACCCUACCCCUGUCACCCAUGGUCACAUCACUGUCCACCUGCUGGCUGAGGAGCCCGAGGAAGAGUGGACCAAGCGGGAAUUGCAGCUGCAGCAUAUUACCCAGCAGCAGCAGCGGAGGGUGAAGCAGCUGCAAUUCACCACCUGGCCUGACCACAGCGUCCCUGAGGCCCCCCACUCCCUGCUCUCCUUCGUGGAACUGGUACGGGAGCAGGCCCGGGCCACCCAGGGCACCGGCCCCAUCCUGGUGCACUGCAGUGCGGGCGUGGGCCGCACGGGCACCUUCGUGGCCCUGUCAAGGCUGCUGCAGCAGCUGGAGGAGGAGCAGGCGGUAGACGUGUUCAACGCUGUGUAUGCGCUGCGGCUGUACCGGCCCCUCAUGAUCCAGACCCCGACCCAAUACAUCUUCCUGCACAAUUGCCUCCUGAACAAGAUUCUGGAAGCGCCCUGUGACACCCCUGAAGCUGAGAAGACCAGACGCGGGAGCUGGGGAACCCCGAGUGCCUCCUCCCCUCUCCGCCCCUCCCCCAGGUCCCAGCCCAUCUCGGUGAUGAACUUCGCAGAGGCCUGCGCCAAGAGGGCGGCCAAUGCCAACGCCGGCUUCUUGAAAGAGUACAAGCUCCUGCUCCAGGCCAUCAAGGACGAGGCUGACUCUUCCGCGCCCCCUCCUGGCCAUGAGCAGGACAGCACGGCCGCCUGUGAUUCUUCUCAAGUGCGGUUUUCUCCGGUGGAGGAAAGUCCCCCUAACGAGAUGCUCGAAGCCUGGCUCUUCCCUGGUGGGCCUUCUGGCCAUGACCACGUUGUGCUGACUGGCCCUGCAGGACCCGAGGAGUUCUGGGAGCUGGUGUGGGAGCAUAGGGCCCAUGUGCUGGUCUCCCUGUGCCCACCUGACACCUGGGAGAAGGCGUUCUGGCCGACGGAGAAGCAGCCCGUUGUCACAGACAUGGUGACAGUGCACUGGGUGGCUGAGAGCAGCACAGCGGGCUGGCCCUGUACCCUCCUGAGGGUCACACAUGGGGAGAGCAGGAAGGAGAGGCAGGUGCAGAGGCUGCUGUUUCCGUGCUGGGAGCCAGGGCGUGAGCUCCCUGCCACCACCCUGUUACCCUUUUUGGCCGCCGUGGGCCGGUGCUGCUCUCGGGACACAAUGAAGCCAGGCACACUGCUGAGCCACUCCAGCAAGGGUGUGGCUCAGCUGGGCACCUUCCUGGCCAUGGACCAGCUGCUGCAGCAGGUGGGGGCUGAGUGCACUGUGGACAUCUUUAACGUGGCCUUGCAGCAGUCACAGGCCUGUGGCCUCAUGACCCCAACGCUGGAACAGUACAUAUACCUCUACGACUGUCUGAACAGAGUGCUCACGGACGGGCUGCCUUGAGUCAGCACUGGUGGCUGUGCUGUGCGGGAGCAGAAGAGGUCUGUGCCCCGUCGGUCAGUGCCAAUCAGCCUCAGCAAGCCCGCUGGGGCCUGGUUUCACUGGGAGGGCCUCCUGCACGCUGGGCCCCGUGCCGUGAAGGGGGAGAGGUGAGCAAUAAAGAAUGUGCUCAACCUGA